CCCCUCCCCUUUUUUUUAAACUUCCGCUUAGAGUUUUCUUCCGGGACACUUGUUUGCUACUUCCGCCCUGCCAUUUCAGCACGGAGCAAAAAGAACCGCCUUUUCCGAGGUCGGAAGGCCAGGAACAAACAUGGCGGCUAUAGUGCUAGCUAGCUGCGCUAUCCUCCUUCCGGGGCGGGGUCGCUCCCGCUUGGCGCGAAGUUUCAGUCUGACGUCCGGGAAGGUGGCGCGCAGCCCCGAGUGGCUCGUCAGUCAGUUCUCCUGUCCACGCUUAAGGGAGUGGGUCAUCGCUGCUUCUGGGUGAGCCAGAAGUCAUGAACACAAGAAGCCAGAGUAAACGCAUGUACUCAUGGAUUGGGAAAGUUAUCCGUUCAGACGAGCAAUUGCAGAUCUCAUAUUAUAGGGGAAUAUCUUUUAAAUCAGAAAAAAAGGAUACCAAAAUCUCUAUCUUCCCUGGAGAGUUUGUUUUAAUAGAGGGUGAGGAUACAAAUCGGCUCUCUGUGGCAAGACUUCAAAAAUUCUAUGAAGAUGGUGCUCAGGAGAAACAUGCAGUUGUGCAGUGGUUCACUCAUUCUGAAGAAAUACCUCUUAAAAACCGAUUAUCUUGGGGAGUAGUAGCUUCUCAACAGAUAUUUUUUAAUGAAAAUUCUGAACGGGAUACUGACAUAAAUGUUACAUCUAUCAUAAGUAAUGCCACGGUUAUUCCACUGUCCCUGGAUGAAGCAUUGCCUAAGGAUAAACAGAUGUUCUUUGUAAGGGAAUCUUGGAAUGGAAAAAGCUUUAAGCCAUUGCCACCUAGCUUGUUGGCAGAGUUAAAGGACUCUGUGAAAAUGAAGAGGAGUGACACGAACAUUGCAGCUGAUUAUCACUUGACUCCAUCAAGCACUGCUUGCUUGUUAAGAGUAGAAACAGAGAAGGUCACUCGGAGUACCGGAAAAAGCAAGAACAGAGCGGAUAUAGAAUCAAAACACUCUACCUUCAAGUCUUCCCUGGCUAAGGAAAGGCAUUUCCAAAGAAUUGCCAAUGGCAUUAACACCUCAGGAGCAAAGAAAAAAUUGCAGUUAAACACUCCUACAAAAUCUCCCAGAACCAGAUUCACAGAACAAGAUGUGAUUGCGCUUCUAGACAAUGAUAUCAUCAAACCUCUGGAGCAAACAAAUUUUAAACGAAAAGUGACGUUCACUGGCACUGAAGGUUCUCCUUCCAAAAUUUUCUGUGCUCCUGAUGAGGAUGAUCUAUUUCUAGACAUUAAGCCACUGGUUGAUGAGAAAAUGAGUGCACUUUCUCCUUGCAAGAGAAACCAACAUUCAAGUCUGAAAUCUAGGAGCUCUGGUGUGAACAGGAAUACAACAGAUUCUUCAAGUGGUGCAGACAAAUGGGAUAAGAUUGACAAGACACCCAAGAAAUCCAAAGACUCGAAGAAGCAAGCAGCAACUCCCAAAAGCAAUUGCAAGGACCAGAAAAGUUCAGCCAAAGAACCAGAAUCAGAAGCCAGGACUCCUCGUUCUCGCAGGAAAUGUGCACAGAUGACUGCUAGUCGCAUUGCAAAACAACUUGGUAUUUUAGAUACCGCUGGAGAGGAGGACGAUGGCAAAGACUUCCUGUAUUCUAUGGGAAGUUCUGAUUCCAGUAGCAGUGAUGAAGAAGACUCUACAUUGCUUUGUAAACCCAAGAGGCGAACAAAGGCCACUCCAAAAACCUUGAGGAAACCAUCUGCUGAGACUCCUGCCAAAGACUCAAGCAAAAAUCCUGAGCUAAAGACCCCCAAGACUCCACAUAAUGCUACCCCCAGAAUCCGGAACCGAAAUCAAACAGCACGGAAGCCAGCCAAUGUGCUAGAAGAAGCUAGAAUAAGGCUGCAUGUUUCUGCUGUCCCAGAGUCUUUACCCUGUCGUGAAAAGGAAUUCCAGGACAUCUAUAACUUUAUAGAAAGCAAACUAAUUGAUGGCACAGGCGGGUGCAUGUACAUUUCUGGAGUUCCUGGAACAGGCAAAACAGCAACAGUUCAUGAGGUCAUUCGUUGUCUCCAAAAAGCAGCAGAAAACAAUGAGCUGCCAUCUUUCCAGUUCAUUGAGAUCAAUGGCAUGAAGUUGACUGAUCCACAUCAAGCCUAUGUGCAGAUAUUAAAGUUACUAACAGGCCAGAAGGCAACAGCCACCCAUGCUGCUGUGCUGCUGGAGAAGAUGUUCUGCAUGCCUGGAUCUAAAAGGAAAACUGUACUACUAAUGGUGGAUGAGCUUGACCUCUUAUGGACCCGAAAACAAAAUGUGAUGUACAAUCUCUUUGACUGGCCAACCCAGAAAAAUGCCAAGUUGAUAGUCUUGGCCAUUGCUAACACCAUGGAUUUGCCAGAGAGAAUGAUGAUGAACAGAGUAGCAAGCAGGCUGGGUCUUACCAGAAUGUCCUUCCAGCCAUAUACCUACAAACAGUUACAGCAAAUUAUCUCAUCAAGGAUGGGCCAAAUGAAAGCAUUUGAAGAGGAUGCAAUUCAAUUAGUUUCUAGAAAGGUUGCAGCUUUAUCUGGUGAUGCAAGACGUUGCCUUGAUAUCUGCAGAAGGUCCACUGAGAUCUGCGAACUUCCUAGUCAGAAAAACAACUCUGGGUUGGUCAGCAUGGCACAUAUCAUGGAAGCGAUGGAUGAAAUGUUUUCAUCUCCUUAUAUAAAUACAAUUAGGAAUGCUUCCUUGCAAGAACAAAUAUUUCUGAAAGCAAUUAUUGCAGAAUUUCAUAGGUCAGGACUGGAGGAGGCUACAGUUCAGCAGGUGUUUCAUCAACAUGUUGCACUCUGUAGAAUGGAAGGCCUGCAAACUCCUACUGUAUCAGAAAUAAUGUCAGUUUCCUCGCGACUUAAUGCCUGUAGACUUUUGUUAGUAGAGUCUAGUAAUAAAUAUCUUCACAUGCGGGUUAGGCUUAAUGUUAGCCAAGAUGAUGUAAUGUAUGCUCUCAAGGAAGAGUAAGACCAAACAAUGUUGUAGGUACAUGUAUGUAUUUUGGAUUUUUUAUUGAUUAUUAAAAAGACAUUUUAAAUAAUGGUGAAGAUUUGAAACUUGAAUAUUAUUGUAAUUUUUAUUUUUUAGCAGCUUGAAUUUGAUAUUUUAAUGUACUUUUUUUGUAAUUGCACUUUUAUAAAAUGUUCAAAACAUUUUCAUCUAUUAAACUAUUUUCUUCAGUCUUUCAAAGGCUCGAUUUGGACAUGGUUUGUUGAUUAGGUGCACCCUCAUGGGACUGUGAAGUUAGUGCUAAUCUCCGAACUAUGUUUUGUAAACCUACUUGAAAUCAUGAUUUGGAGACAAGGUACAACCCAUACUUUGCCAAAAAUGUUGCAUAUGCAGUUCAUGGUCAGUAGGUGGCAUUGCCACAUCUGUUCCUCCUAGGGCGAACAAGUAAAUUCUAAAGUUUAGUAACUGCUUUCAGAGUGUAGAUUGUUUCUCAGAAUUAUAUAUAAUUUAAUCCCUAGGGGGGAAAUAAUCCCUAAAAUUUCAGAGUUCAAAAGGACACUGUUAUGCCUAAAGUGGUCCUUCACUUAGACACUACUGAACUGUGAAUCCAGGAAGACUGGAAACCUCUGAAAGCAGUUCACAUUUUCUUGCAAGGAAUCUUGUCUUCCUGCUUUUUCAGGGGAUUAAAAUUUCUUUUGGUGGUAUUCUGCCAAGAUACCAUAUUAAACAUAGUAUUUAUUUCUGAGUAAACAUUCAAAGGGUUGGGCUUGAGUGGCUUUUCUGUCUGGCCCUUCAGAGGAACUUUCUGAGGUCUUUUGAAAUAACUUCCUUUGUGAGAAAUGUUGAGUAAAAAUUGAUUAAGUUUUGCUUUCCAAGUCCUAAUUGAAUAUAUCAAAUGAUUUAAAUGAUAUUACAGUGAAUCAUGCUUGGGAAUGAGUUUGUUUUUAAUAAAGGUCAUUGCUAAAGUUGA